CACACACCGGCAUGAAGCUCGCGGGGAUAGUGGCGUUGGCAUUCCUUGCUUUAAUCUGUAAAUUCGAAACAGCACAAUGUAAUCUACAUAUUUUUUCUUCUAGAACAGUUCUUCAGAAGAGAUGGUUGUCGCGAGCUGCUUCUCAGAUUUGGGAUUUCUACCUCCCGACGAGGGUGGACCCCAACAGCACUUGCGGGCUUGCUCUCCAGAACAUGGCUGUUUCACUGGCAGACAAAAGCAGCAUCUGGGCGGCUAGAAGUAAGAUCUUUAGUGUUUGGGAACUUCAAAUUAGCCUGAUGUUACUUAAGGAGUACAGUAAUUUAUACUAAAUACUGGAAAGUAAUUUGAUGUAUUGACCGAUACAGUUGUAUACGAUAUUAUAGUUAGCGUAGUAGUUGCAUAACAAUAAUAAGCAAUAACAAUUAUAGCAAUA